AUGGAAGAAAAUAAUAUUGUACAACCUCAAUGUAAUAAUGAAUGUUUAGAACAUCCAUCAGAAAUAAUUAAAUCAGUUUGUAUUGAAUGUGAAGAACCAGUAUGUAUCAUAUGUAUAACAAGCGAUAAACAUAGAAGUCAUACAUUUAAAUUACUUAAAGAUGAAUAUGUUUCUCCAAUGAUUUCAAAAUUAAAAAAAACAAUUCCAAUUUUUAAAAACUUUUCAAAAUCCAUAGAAAAAGUUUUAAAGAAAUCAGAUAUGGAACAUGAAGAAAAAAAAAGCAAACUUGAAAAAAUCGGUAAUAUAGUUAAAACUGAAGCUGAUAGAAUCAUAAGACAUGUUACAUUGGUUCUAAAUAAUUUAUUAAGUGAAAUUUCCACAGAAUGUCAAAAAUGUGAUGAUAUCCAUAUGCAUAUUGAUCAAAAAUUGAAAACAAUUAAAUCAUCAAUUUCACACCUUUCAGAUUUAUAUGAUAAUGAAAAUGAAAUUCAAACAUCUAAUUAUGUAGCAGUUUUAAAACAUUAUGAACAAUCAAAAAAAUUACUAUCAAGUUUGGAUGACCCAUUACCAAAUUAUCGUAAUAUUACAUUUUCAAUUGAACCUGAUCAAAUUCAAUUAAUAAAAGAUAUUUUAUAUGAGAAAACUUUUAAAAUAAUUGGUGAAUCUCAAGAUGAUUUUAUAAUACCAAAAAAUCCUUCUGAAAUUUUAGAUGAACCAAUAAAUGAUGAUGAUAAAAAUAAUACAACAAACAUUAUUAAUAAUAAUAAUAAUAAUAAUAAUAAUAAUAAUAAUAAUAAUAAUAAUAAUAAUAAUAAUAAUAAAAAUAAUAAUAAUAAUAAUAAUAAUAAAACAGAUGAAAAUGAUAUUUCUAUUGAAAAAGAAGAGGGUGUUAUAUCAUUUAAUAACCAAUUUCGCGAACAAUUAGUACAAGAAAAAAUUUAUGAACAUCUUUUGAAAUCUCAAAUGCAAUUAAAUAUUAAAUCCCAACAACAAGAAGAAAAACUAUCUUACAUAGUACCACAAAAUAAAGUUUUAAAAAAAACUAUAUUUGAUGGUGUAGAAUUUACAAUCUAUGAAAAUGGAGGUAUUGUUCCUGAAACUGAAAAUAUUGCAAUUGGAGUUGGCCAAAAUUUACCACCAAUUUUUCCAUCCUCUUGUAUAAGAUUAUUGUUGCCAGAUGGAUUUAACCAAUCACUUAAGUCAUUGCCACCAUCAAUUGAAAAUCUUUAUAUUUUCAAUAUUGAUUAUCAACUUGUGAAAGGUUCAAUUCCAAAUUCUGUAAGCUAUAUUUAUUUUUGUGAUGGGUUUAGCCAAAAGUUGGCAAAUGGUGUAGUUCCUGAAAAUGCUAUUGCUAUUUCAUUGCAUGAUAUCCUAUUUGCACCAUCAGAUGAUUUCGUUUCAGGUGAAACCUUAGUUUAUGUCACAGAGUCAUUCAAACAAUUUCAUUGCUUAAAAAGAAAUUCAGAAACAAAAUUUGAAUUGGGAAAAUAUCAAUAUUAA